AUGGCGUUGGUGCUGUGGUUCCGCAACACCCUGCGCCUGGAGACGUCGGAGCGCCACAUCAUGGAGGUGCGAGGCUCUCGGCACACGCUCAUUCUGCGCAAGGUGCAGAGCAACGACUUCGGCAACUACAGCUGCGUCGCCGACAACAACCUGGGCAAGGCGCGGGAACACCUGCAGCUCUCAGGGGUGCCCAACACGGCGGAGUUCGGCAGCAACCCCCUGGGCCGGUACACCGAGCGCUACAACCUCACGUGGUCCGUGGUGAGCUUCUCGCCCAUCGAGGAGUUCAAGCUC